AUGGACAUCUCGAUCUCCCAAAUCAAGCCGGCAUUUCCAACUCCUGCAAACCCAUCCCAAGAAGCAGAAGCACCCGCCAUUAAAACCACCAUCAAUGCACUAAACCUUCAGCCGCAUCCAGAAGGAGGCUACUUCGUUGAGACGGAUCGAGAUCCGCACCGGGUUCCGAACCCUUACCAGUCCGCAGAGUCGGACACUGACAAAACCCGCUCCGCAAGCACGACAAUUCACUACCUGCUCACCCCGCAGCGUCCACUGGGCGUUUUCCACCGCAAUAAGAGUCGUACUGUGCACGUCUGGCAGGGCGGGCGGGGGCGGUAUGUCAUUAUACACGCGGACGAGGUAGAGAGCUCGGAUAGUGGCCCGGAAGGUGCUAAGGCCAAGGCGCGGAUUGAGACAUUCGUUGUUGGGCCUCGAGUUGAGCUUGGGGAGAAGAUGCAGUGGAUCGUUGAAGGUGGCAAGUAUAAAUCAUCUUUAUUGCUACCGGAUGAGCCCGAAGGAGAGAAGUCCUCGGGGCUGUUGAUUAGUGAGGUUGUUGUCCCAGGGUUCGAGUUUACAGACCAUGAUUUCCUGCCCAGAAAGAAAAUGGAGGACCUCCUGACUGCCGAACAAGUUCAGGAAUUGGAUUGGAUGCUUAGAACCGAGAAGUAA